ACAGCAUUUGUAAUCUGGACAGCUGAUUUUAGCUUGAUGUCUCCCAUUUGGCUCAUACUGCUCCUCUCAGCUCAUCUGGCUGAAUGUGUGCCACCAAAGCCAAAACGCUCCACUCUGAACCAGCUGACCAGGACCCUCCUGAGGAACUACGACCGUGGAGUUCGACCUGUUAACAACUGGACCAGUUCUACCACUGUCUACAUAGACCUCAUACUGCAGUCUGUGCUUGAUGUGGAUGGAAAAACUCAGAGCAUUACAACAAGUAUUUGGUACAGACAGCUCUGGAGAGAUGAAUUUCUUGUUUGGGACCCAGAAGAGUUUGAUGGUAUUAAUGAGAUUUCACUGUCAUCUGAUGCUAUUUGGGUACCUGAUGUCAUCGUUAGUGAAUUUGUGCAUGAGGGCAAGUCCCCUCCAAUCCCCUAUAUCUAUGUCAACUCAUCUGGCUCAGUGAAGAACUACCGGCCCAUCCAGGCGAUGCUAGCUUGCAGUCUGGAGAUGUACGCUUUUCCAUUCGACAAGCAGAACUGCAGCCUCACCUUCCGCAGCUGGCUUCACUCAGUGAAAGAAAUAGACUUGGGUCUGUGGAGGAGUGCAGAAGCCAUAGCUUAUGAUAAGAGGGAGUUCAUGAAUGAUGGAGAAUGGGAACUGCUGUCCAUUCCUUCCCAGUACUGGCAGAUUCACCAAGACAACACUGACUAUGCUCAGAUCCAGUUCAAUCUGCUGAUCCGCCGGCGUCCUCUGCAGUAUGUGGUGGGCCUCCUCAUCCCUAGUAUCUUCCUUAUGUUGGUAGAUGUGGUCAGCUUCUACCUGCCUUUGGACAGCGGCACACGCAUAGCCUUUAAGAUCAGCAUAUUGCUGGGCUACACAGUCUUCAGAGUCAACCUGAUGGACGAGCUUCCUGUUACUGCUGUCAAAACUCCGCUCAUCGGUGUGUUCUUUGUGGUGUGCAUGGCCAUGUUGAUGCUCAGCCUCAUCAAGUCCAUCUUGGUGGUGAAGCUGCUCCACCACAGCGACAAAGAGGUGAAGGAAAUGUCGUUGUCCGCCUGCCUGCUGGACAGAUAUGGCUCUGCUGGUCUCAGCUUCACAGAGAGCGCGCUGACCUCCCUAAAAACCCUCGACAACAUCAGCCCGACUGGAGAUUACGAGCUUGAAAACUCACUUGAUGAGGAUCUGCUGUCCCAGAACGAGAUCCAAGAACACCCCUCUGGACUGGAGUGGCUCCUCCAAGAACUGGUUUCCCUUCGGGUAGCUUUUUCCCAGGAGGAUGACGAGUCCUCAGCUCAGGCCGAGUGGCUGGACCUCUGUUUGCGUCUGGACCGUCUUCUCUUUCACCUUUACCUGUUUGUUCUGGCCUUGUACGCUUGUACUCUGCUGCUGCUGUGGGCAAGCUGGAGCUUUGCUUGACUCAACAAGUCGCUUGUCAGCACGACAUGUCAUAUUUAAUCAAAUUUCAG